AUGCUGGAGCUACAACUAUCCAGCAAGUCACAGACCGAGCAUGUUGAUGUCAUCAACACCGACACUACAGCCGGGCCACCGAUAAAUGCCACCGAUUGGACAAUGCAUUUCGAUAUGCCCCAAGCGGACUGGAAUGAAACACUAGAAAGUGCAUCAGAGACUGUUGACCAAGCUGGGUGGCAGGAUAAAGGCAUACACUCACAGCUACAACAGACACUCAUACAGCCUGAAGAAAUCGCUAUAGUCUCUCUACAACAUGGAAAGGCUACAAAUGAGAUUCUGGACUCGACAGGACUAUCUCAUCUGAUGAAACUUGACCUGGACCAACUCUAUUUUGAUAGGGUACAUCCACUUAUACCUAUGGUUCAUAGAAGCCAUUACCUUGCAUGGGCGAAGCUGGAUGACGUUUCGUUGCCCCAGAAAUGCCUCCGGUGGGCCAUUAGGGCACUCGCCGCGUCCAUGUCAUCUCAGUUCCGUUCUCGCAGUGAGGAGUUCUAUAACAAAGCGAGGCAGUUAGCAGAAAGACUCGACGCUGGAGAUCUAGUACCACCAUGGCUAAACUCCGAUACCAGUAUAGAACAAGCACAAACAUGGCUUCUUCUAGCGCACUAUGAGCUUCUAGACCCAUCCAAAUAUUCUCAAUCAGCAACGACACGACGAGCUUUCCGGUUGGUGCACCUAUCGCGUUUGCAUUGUACCGACUGGAAGGAUCCAGCUUUCGACUUUCCCUCUUGCACCCCAGGAACGUCCCAAUCGGCCCCAUUACCAUUCGCAUCUGUGGAGGAGCGAAGGAGGACUUUCUGGGUGGCUUUCUGCUUGGACCGCUUCCUGGGCGGAUAUGAGGAGUCGCCCAUGACAAUCCACGAUGAAACAAUACACGUUCAUCUUCCUUGUCCGGAAUGGAACUUCCAAAUUUCCAGCGAAGUGAAUAUGGGUUUUAUAAACGAUGUGCUUAUCGGGGAAACGCCGGUUCCAGCAUCAUCACCUUUCGCCAAGUUAGUCAUUGCAAUGGCACUGUUCGGACAAUGCAUCAUACAUAAACAAAUAACUGCCAAGUGUCCAACUUCUGACCAGGAGAGUUUGACUUUCUGGGUACGGCAUGAGUUGCUCGCUGAAGCCAUAGACAGGCAGGUUGCCCUUUUAUUGAGAGAGACAGACGUGGAAUACGAGCCACUUCAUUUCAUGACGUCCAUGGUAGUACAUGGCUCAGUAUUGAAACUGGAAAACGCUAUGAAUGUGGCUCACUCAGUUGUUCAGAGCCAACAGCACGUUGCCAAUGAUUAUGCUAAGACAGCGUACAAAGCUGCCAUCAGCAUGGCAGACUUGUCAGAGUCCAUGACUGGCUCAAAUUGCUUAAAGACACAUGUAUAUCUUCCCAUGUUGCUAGGCAAGGCUUUCUUGUAUCUCGCCGCUCAUGCUGAGCCUAGCCAGAGCCAGCAUUCCAAGGCAAAGCUGUUGGCAUUGCUAGAGAGCUUGAAAGAAAUACAUGGCCAAGCGAAGCAGUUUAUAGAUGGCCUUGAAUUAUGGGACACCGUCGGUAAGAUGGAGAGUGGGACGAUGAAUUUCAUAACUGGCCAAACGGAAUGA